AAAUUUCCCUAAGCUAUCUGGGUAUCUUCCUCUCACUCUUUUGUCACUAAGAACUCGCAGCUCAGAAAGUUUUAAAUUCCAAAUUCUAAUAAUGUUUUCGAAAUUCCAAAAGGCAACUGAUAAGCUUAGAACAUUCGUACAAAAGAGAACAAAUAAUUGCCGAGCGUUUGGAAGGCCCCUGAGUAUGAUGAAGAAGAGCUCUUCCAACCCCAAAAUCCAGACACUUUAUGACCUUUGUAAGAAGACAUUUACGCCUUCAGGGUCUCCUCCCCCAAGCUCAGAAGCCAUCCAGAGGAUCUGCUCUGUUUUGGACACAAUGAGUCCGGCAGAUGUGGGCCUUAAAGAGGAAAAUCCUGAUGAAGAUAGAGGUCAUGGCUUUUUUGGCAUUGACCAGCUAAAUAGAGUUGCUCGAUGGGCUCAACCAAUAACUUACUUGGAUGUAUAUGAAGCUGAUAGCUUCACGAUGUGCAUAUUCUGUUUCCCUACUUCAUCAGUCAUACCACUCCAUGACCAUCCUGGGAUGAAUGUUUUUAGCAAAAUUCUCUAUGGCUCUUUGCAUGUAAAAGCUUAUGAUUGGGUUGAGCCCGCCAUCAUCAAGGAAAGCAAAGGAUCAGUUUACUUUCCAGUGAGACUGGCAAAACUGGUAGUUGAUCAAGUUAUUACAGCACCUUGUGAGACAUCGGUGUUAUAUCCAAAGAGUGGGGGAAAUCUGCAUUGUUUUACUGCAGUAACUCCUUGUGCUGUUCUUGAUGUUCUUGCGCCUCCUUACAGAGAAAACGCUGGCAGAAGAUGUACCUACUAUCAUGACUACCCUUAUGUUGCAUUCUCAAACCUAGUUGAGAUAGGGGAUGAAAAGGAGGAGAACUACGCAUGGCUUGCUCAGAUAGAAACACCAGAUGAUCUGUAUAUGCGCCAGGGAAAAUAUGUUGGUCCAACUAUUCGGAUCUAAAGCUUAGGCAAAGCCCUGAGGCUGAUGAUUCAGUGGAGUUUUGAUUUCCAUACAUUCCAAGCCUCCAAUGCUUGUUCCUAUUUUGGCUCAGAGAAGUUUUACUAGAGAAAUGCUUUUGUGUAGUGCCCACCAAUGAUUCGUUAUAAGACCCUUCUUUAAUUUGGAUACCUGUAAAGCUGUUUUUCUAAGCUAAAUUGUGAUUUUGAUCUGUAAUGUGCCUUGGCCAGAUAUAAAGAGUUUGUCCUUGUUCUUGUAAAUAAUGCUGUAUUAUUAACAGUGGCAAUAAACUCUCAGAACUUAGGCCAAAAUUGGAUACAAAGUAA